AUGGAAAGAGAAGAAAUAAUUAAUUCUAUAAACACAAAUUUAAUUAGUGAUUUUCAAUCUAUUACAAUUAAAGAUCGUUUAAAGAAAUUUUUUGGUUUACCACAAUCUAUAAAUAAUGACUAUAUCGAUGAUAAUGAACAAUGUUCUUGGCCUUCCAAUACACUCUUGUGUGCAACUGUCUUUCUUGAAAAUGCAGUUAAUUAUCAAUCGAUAGCACAUAAAGUAACACGAAAAUAUUUAUUAAUCUAUCGAUGGUUUUCAUGUCCAAUGAUAAAAAAAUUACAUCAGAUUAUGUUGAUGAUUAAUCUUUGUCUGGCAUUUUUUGAGCGACCAUCAUCAUUUAGUAUAACAUCAGAUGUUCGUGAUAAACCUGAUCGAAUUAUUUUUCCAUAUUUUAUACUUAUGACAAUUGAAGGUUUAACACUUCUAUGGUUUAGUUGUUAUAUUUUAGUGAAAAUGGCUUGUCUUGGCAUAAAAUAUAUUCGACAACGAUUUUGGUUAAUAGUUUCUUUAAUUUUUGUUAUAUAUUCAUUAUGUGAAUGGUUUGUUAUGUUCUUAUUUAUUAGUCAAACAUAUCACGGUAUUCGUCUUCGACGUAUUUUUCGUCCUAUAUUUAUGAUUGAAUCAUCACAGUUGAUGAAAAAAGCAUUUAAAGCUUUACAUAAAAAUGCUUUCACCAUUAUCGCUUGCAUUUCAUUAGCACUUAUUCAUAUUCUUUUCUUUGCUGCUAUGGCUAUGUUUCUAUUUCCUCGAUCAGACACUCGACCAGAUAGCCAAGGCAGUACUUAUUUUUCUAGUUUACACAAUGCAGUCCUUCAAUUACUUGUACUUCAUUCUACAGCAAAUAAUCCUGAUCUAAUGAUACCAGCUUAUUCGGAUAAUCGAUUGAAUGCAUUAUUCUUCAUCAUUUUUGUUAUUAUUGGCAUUUACUGGAUACAAAAUAUAAUAACAGCUGUAGUUUAUCGUGCUUUCCGAGGUUAUUUUUUAAGUUCAAUUAUUAAUUUACACUUACGACGACGUAUAGCUGUACGAGCAUCGUUUGAAAUUUUGAAAAGGCGUAUAACAUAUGGAGGAUUAAUUGAAAUAAAAGAUACUAUUCCGAUAUCACUUAUUCAGACAGUAUUAAAUUUUGUAUCGAUGAAUAAAUGGCAUUUUGAUCGAAUUAAUGAAAAAUUAUCUGAAUUGAUGCAUGAAAAUGAAACAAUUAAUCUUGAUCAAUAUUCUAAAACAAUGCAAUUAUUAGAUUUAAAUCCAAAAUUAGCACCAAAACUUAAUAUUCAAACAUUAGGUGCAAAUUCACUCGAUCGUUUUAAAGCUAUUUGUCGUUCAAAAAGAUUUGAUCUUAUUGGAACAAUAUUUGCUAUAUUAAGUGUUCUUUGUGUUACAAUUGAAGUUAGUAAUCGUCAUUUAAAUAAUAAUUACAAUGAUAUAGUCACAUAUACAUUACCUAUGGCAAUUCUUAACUUAUGUUUUAUGUUUUAUUUUGUUCUUGAAAUAGUACUUAAAGCAUGGGCAUUUGGUCCAGUAAAUUUUUUUCGUUCAUCAUCAACACAUAUAUUAGAAGCAGUUGUAGCAUUUACAUGUUUCAUUCUACAAAUUAUUUAUGUCGCCAUACAUCGAACACUGAUUGUUUCACUAAUAUAUGUUGAAAUGAUAAAGAAAGAAAAACCAAUUUUUUCACUUUGGGCAGCAAUAAAAGUGUGCAAUAUGUUAUUUAUCUAUCGAUUAAUUCGACUUUUACCAGCAUCAAAAAAUAUUCGUAUUAUUGUUGGAACGAUUUUUGAUGAAUUUCGAAAUGGUGGAGCCUUCUUUGGACUUCUAUUCGUAAUUUUUCUUAGUUUUUAUUAA